UCUCCUCAGGAGAGGCGUGAUCAGCCUACAGAAAUGGACAGUCACAUAUGGUGCACUUGGCUGGAUCUGUUUGUUAAGGAUGCACUCCUGCUCUGGGCCCAGACCUGGUGUGGAUGCUACUGAUUGUCUCAUGAGAAUAGGAGGUCCUGAAGGAGUGCUGACGGUGGAGAGAGUAGCGAGAGAAUGAAGAAGCCAACUGCAUGGGAGAAGCAUGAGGUGGCAGCGUGGCACUCGGUUUAAUGGGCUGUGGCUGAUGGUUCCAUGGGCAUUAUCACUACUGGCCCUGAGUCUGUGCUGCUGGGGGUUUUCCAGCACUGCCACUGCCACCGCUGUUGGCCCAGCACUGGACCAGCAUGCCUCUGCCGCCUCCUCCAGCCAGGCGCCUCUGGACUGGCUGCUUACCGACCGGGGACCCUUCCACCGAGCUCAGGACUACAUCGACUUCAUGGAGCGCUAUCGGCAGGGAUUCACCACCAGGUACAGGAUCUACAGAGAGUUUGCUCGCUGGAAGGUGAAUAACUUGGUCUUGGAACGGAAGGAUUUCUUCAGCCUGCCCCUGCCCCUGGCCCCAGAGUUCAUCCGGAACAUCCGCCUCCUGGGACGAAGGCCCAACCUACAACAGAUAACAGAAAACCUGAUAAAAAAAUACGGGACACAUUUCCUGCUCUCAGCCACUCUAGGAGGAGAAGAGUCUCUGACCAUUUUUGUGGACAAGCGCAAACUGAGCCGGAAGGCAGAAACAACUGGCACAGGAGGGGCCGGGAACAGUUCUGCUGUCUCCCUGGAGACUCUGCACCAGCUGGCUGCCUCCUACUUCAUUGACCGGGAAAGCACACUGCGCAGGCUCCACCACAUCCAGAUAGCAACAGCGGCCAUCAAGGUGACAGAAACCCGGACAGGGCCUCUUGGCUGCAGUAACUAUGAUAACCUGGAUUCAGUCAGCUCUGUGCUUGUGCAAAGCCCUGAGAACAAAGUCCAGCUACUAGGUCUGCAAGUGCUGCUGCCUGGCUACCUGCGGGAACGCUUUGUGGGUGCCGCGCUCAGCUACAUCACCUGCAGCUCCGAGGGCGAGCUCCUCUGCAGGAAGAAUGACUGCUGGUGCCACUGUGAGCCCAGUUUCCCAGAAUGCAACUGCCCAGAGGUGGACAUCCAGGCAAUGGAAGACAGCCUGUUCCAGAUCCAGGACGCCUGGAACAAUCACAACAGACAGUUUGAGGAGUCAGAGGAGUUCCAGACCCUGGUGAAGAGACUCCCUGGAGACCGUUUCCUGAACAUGACAGCUAUCUCACAGUACUGGGUGAUGGACCUUGAUGUUCAGCAUCGCUACCAGCAGCUGGGCACCAGCUUGAAAUUGCUGUCCAAGAAAACCCGUUGGCUUGUCCGACGACUCUUCAACCUCAGCAAACGCUGCCACCGGCAACCUCGCUUCAAACUGCCAAAAGAGAGGUCUUUACUCUACUGGUGGAACCGCAUUCAGUCACUCCUGUACUGCAGUGAGACCAUCGUGCCUGGGACUUUCCUGGAAGAAAGCCACAGUUGCACCUGCCCUUAUGACCAAGUGUCCUGCCAGGGGCCCAUACCAUGUGCCUUGGGUGAAGGGUCAGCUUGUGCCACCUGUGCUGAUGAUAACAGCACACACUGCGGGGCCUGCAACCCAGGUUAUGUGCUCAACCAGGGUUUCUGCCGGCCAGAGGUGGCAGAGUCCCUAGAGCACUAUUUAGGGCUUGAGACUGACCUGCAGGACUUGGAGCUCAAGUAUCUGCUCCAGAAACGGGACAGCCGCAUUGAGGUGCACUCCAUAUUCAUCAGCAAUGAUAUGCGCCUGGGGAGCUGGUUCGAUCCCUCCUGGAGGAAGCGCAUGCUCCUGACCUUGAAAAGCAACAAGUACAAGCCAGGGCUAGUGCACAUCAUGCUGGCCCUCUCCCUCCAGAUAUGUCUCACCAAGAACAGCACCCUGGAGCCAGUCAUGGCUAUCUAUGUCAACCCGUUUGGGGGCAGCCACUCGGAGAGCUGGUUUAUGCCCGUUAAUGAGAGUGGCUUCACAGACUGGGAAAGGACUAAUGUUGAUGCCUCCGCCCAGUGCCAAAAUUGGACACUCACCUUAGGAAACAGGUGGAAGACCUUCUUUGAGACAGUCCACGUCUAUCUGAGGAGCCGCAUCAAGUCUCUGGAUGACAGUUCCAAUGAGACUAUCUAUUAUGAGCCCCUAGAGAUGGUGGAUCCCUCUAAGAAUCUGGGCUACAUGAAGAUCAACAGCUUUCAAGUCUUUGGUUUCAGCCUGCCCUUUGAUCCAGAUGCCAUCCGGGACCUGAUCCUUCAGUUAGAUUACCCAUACACACAAGGCUCCCAGGACUCAGCCCUGUUACAGCUCAUAGAAAUCAGGGACCGGGUGAAUCGGCUUUCACCACCUGGCAAAACCCGGCUUGACCUUUUCUCUUGCUUGCUCCGGCACCGGCUCAAACUGGCCAACAAUGAGGUGGCAAGGAUCCAGUCCUCCCUGAGAGCCUUCAAUGCCAAACUGCCAAACCCAGUGGAGUAUGAGACAGGCAAACUAUGCAGUUAGCCUUGAGGACUGCAUGACAUCUCUGGAGAAGAAGUGUGAGGAAAAGGAAGGAGGGCUGGGGAGCUGAGACUUCAAAAGGCCUUAUCUCAGUGCCAACAGCGUGCUUCCAAAGGACACCAAGUGACCAGCCAGGGAGAUGGCAGGGCCUGAGUGACGCAAGGAGCCAAACAGGCCUUCAGGAAGCAGCUGAGGAAGAUGGGACAGGCCUAUUCUGCUAGGAGAUGCCUGCCUGGCAACUGCUGAUGGGCCUCUUUUCCCUUCUGAGUUACAAGCUAACGUUGUGACCAGGCAGGAAAAUCAUUAGUACCUGACAUGUGAAAAGGCCAAAGUGAAAGAAGAGGAGUCAGUUGUGGGGAGAGAAAACUUCAAGAAGGAAAAUCUCCUGGAAAGGAGACCUAUCUGCUGGUGCCCCACCAGCACUCCAGGCAAAAACAGAGGGGAGCAAGAAGAACAAAACCACAGACAUGCAGGAGGCCAAAUUUGCUCAAAGGGCUUCACAUGUACCAUCCCUGGGGCAGAAGCCAGCUGUGGUCUCCCUCAGUGCAGUCACUUUUGUAUUCUUUUUAACAGAUGUUUCUACCAACACCAUUACCACUGCAUUCUGUGUUACCUUUCUAA